CCAAGGGCACGAUUGGCGCGCGGCGCUCAACAGUGGCGACUGUUAGCCCGGCAAUGAGUUGGUUUGGGGUGGCAGUGGCCGCCCCCGUGUGGCGGCUGCGCGCAGGCGCCUUGUGGCACCCCUCAGGAGGCAGUGUUCGAUUUCACAGCUCAGGAGCAGCCUUAGGCGGUGCCAGUCAAGCAAUUGUGGACCGAAUAAUCCGGGUAGACCACGCUGGUGAAUAUGGAGCAAACCGCAUCUAUGCGGGGCAGAUGGCAGUGCUGGGCCGCACCAGUGUCGGGCCAGUCAUUCAGAAAAUGUGGGAUCAGGAAAAGGAGCACUUGCGCAAGUUCAGUGAGCUGAUGGUUGCCUCCAGGGUCCGGCCGACGGUGCUGAUGCCACUGUGGACCGUGGCGGGCUUUGCCCUGGGGGCCGGCACAGCCUUGCUGGGGAAGGAGGGCGCCAUGGCCUGCACGGUGGCUGUGGAAGAAUCCAUAGCGCAUCACUACAACAACCAGAUCAGGACGCUGAUGGAGGACGACCCUGAGAAGCACGAGGAGCUGCUUCAGGUGAUAAAGAAGUUUCGAGAUGAGGAACUAGAGCACCAUGACAUUGGCCUGGACCAUGAUGCAGAACUGGCCCCUGCGUACGCCGUGCUGAAGAGUCUCAUCCAGGCCGGCUGCAGUGCAGCCAUCUACUUAUCAGAAAGAUUCUGACCUUCCCUCGUGUGCGGACCUGGUGGCCUCACAGAGAAGGACGUGGACACUUAGUACCUUGUGAAUGUUGUUAAUAAAUUGUAAGAGUA